CCCAUGGCACAUCUCACAUCCUCCCUCUCCUCUCACCAAGGCUUCCACACCACCGUAUCCACAUCCCUCCACAUCCCAUCCUCCGAGUGGCCCAAACCCCCUCUCACCUCUCCCGCCUCCUCAUGCACCCUGCACCUGAACUUUGAGCUUCCAGAGCACGUCUUCGUAGACCCAUACGAGCUGCACCAUUAUAGCGAAUAUUAUUCGUUCCGUCUGUAUGGGGCUUCGAAUUUGGAGGCUCCGGUGUUUGCGGUGAAGGAGAAUGCGCCUGUGCUUCUUGUCACGCCUGUGCUAGGCAAAGGAAAUAGCACUGCGCGAGAAGAUGAGGAUGUCGAGUUUGAUGUUCCCCUGCAUUUGCGGUAUGGGGUUCCGUCUAUAGGCUCCAGCGAUUCGGAGGGUGUGGACGACGGGAUGAUCACGGUGUCGAUCCCAUCGCCGACAGCAUUUUGGGCAUGCGAACGAGAGACUGGUGAUUCAAACUCAGAGCACCUCUCAACCCGUCCCGAGGUCCUUCGGAAUUCACCGCUCAUCGCCCAAUCCUUCCCAGAUCCCUCGACCGCCCUCAUCCUCUUCUCGCCCUCUUCCCCUCUACCAAUCUCGCUAACAAUCCGAAUCCCAGUGGGACAUAUGCAGGAUAGAGGGAGUGUGGAAGCGGUGACAGUGCUCGUGGUGUUGUUUUCGUUUGUUUAUGUCGGUUGGAGGGCUUUGCGGACUACGAAACGGUUGGAUGAGAGUGUAUCUGUGUCGAAGGCAAAGAUGGAUUGAGCUUGAUUGUACUGAUGUUUUUGGGAUGCUUAGUUUUGUGAUGUAUACCC